AUGGGUGUCAAGGAAGCAUUCGGGCGAUCUCCACUAGCGACAUAUGGCAGGAGAAUCAGAGAUGCUCCUCGCGAGGUCAUCUUUAACCGCAACCUGAUCCUCUCUGCGCUGCUGUACGCUACGUCUGCGAUACCGGCUACAUGGGACCAAGGCUCCUCUGCGACAAUCCCAUCACUCCCAGGCUUCCAACACCACUUCGGCAUUAGCUCUGGCACCAACGCUCAGGCGAUCAAGAAUUUCGUGUCGAUCGUCUACAUCGGCAUGGCUACCGGCGCAUUGCUCUCCUUCUUCAUCAAUGACCGAGUUGGCCGACGGUGGUCGUACAGACUGUAUAUCACCGUGUGGACACUGGGUCAGAUUGUCGCCACGGUCGCUCCGGGAUUGGCUGGACUGUACGCAGCUCGAAUAAUAAGCGGACUGGGAAUCGGCGGCCUGACCGUCACCGGGCCUAUGAGUCUCGUGGAGAUUGCACCUGCUGAAAUCCGUGGUCUUCUCGCGUCGUGGUUCACGGUCUGUAUGGGCUUCGCGUUGGUGACAUCAAACUUCUGUGUCCUUGGGGCCUUCGAGAACAUCUCUCCCAGCAGACUCCAGUACCAGGUGGUUUUCUUUAGCCCCUGCGUCUUCAUGUGGCUGGGCGUUGUCGCCAGCUUCUUUCUAUGCGAGUCACCGAGGUGGUUGAUGCUGGUGGAUCGCCAUGACGAAGGAGCCAAAACUCUCGCUCGACUUCGAGGUCUACCCCUGGACCAUAUCCGGGUGCAGAGAGAGAUGAGCGAGAUACAAAACUCUAUACAACUCGCGAGGGCACAGUACGGAGACGACCACCAUAAGGGCAUCGUCAGCAUCCUCAAGGAGACCUUCACGGUGCCUUCUAACCUGCGCCGGGUCCAGCAGACUCUCGUGUCGUACGGACUUGCUCAGCUGUCGGGCGCCAACUCCGUCACGUCGUACUUUAUACCAAUCCUGACCCUGAUGGGGGUGGGAGGGGGCACGACUCGGAACAUCUUCUUGAGUGGCAUGUACGCGGUAUCAAAGCUGGCAUUCGCCCUCAUUGCAUCGUUCUUCUUCAUCGAUGCGCUGGGAAGACGCAAAUCUCUCUUCGUCGGAAUCCUCUUCCAGGGCCUCUCGGACAUAUACCUUGGUGUUUACAUCAAGUACAAGCAAGAGGACAAUGCAUCAGCCGCAUCGUCGCGUGCGGCGAUUGGACUCAUAUUUGUGCACGCCUUUGGCUACGCUGUCGGUCUCUUCGCCCUACCGUACGUUUUUGGCGGCGAACUCUGGCCCAACAGGAUCCGCUCGUUCGGAGGCGCCAUGUCGCAGUGUUUCCACUGGCUCUUCAUCUACGCCAUGACGUACGGCACCCCGUCGUUGCUUGAGCACACCGACAACUGGGGCGCUUUCAUCUUCUUCGCCGCCUGGUGCGGCGUCUCGUUGGUUUACGUGUACCUCGCGGUGCCGGAACUGUCCGGUCUCAGCGUCGAAGAGAUCGAUACGCUCUUCAAGGGAUCGUGGUUCAAUGCCUACAAGAGGACCAAGACCCCGACGGUCUUUAUCGAAGGCGAGGAGAAUAUCGAGGUACUUUCGUGA